GAUUUAAUAUGACAUGAACACAGAAAUGAUUGAAUACACGCAAUAUCAUUUUCAUCUAUGUUGGGAAUUUAUUGGUUCUCGUGAAGAGCAAACCGAGUAGAUUUAUUUCAAAUGACAAAUUGGGACAUUUUUCGGCAAAGAGACAAAAAUCUUGGUGCAUUCGAUUGUUUGAUCUGAAAUUUUGGUGGGCUAUACAAUUGCAACAAUUUAACGGGUCUUUGAAAAGUCGACCCCAUUUCUUCCCUUUUUCUUCUCCGCAACCGCAAGAUCACAUUUUCGGCUUCCCCUGUUCUGAGAUUGAUUCACCGACACAAGUGCUUGUUAAUCAAUGGGUUCUCUCUGUUUUUCUGCUUCCUCGCCUCUGUUUUUGCUUUGGAACUUUUGUCGGUGGCGGAAUCGAAUCUAUUUUAGGUCUGAAUGUCGAAUGAAGUGAAUUCGAACUCUGAUUUUAGGUUUUAUCUCUCUUGUUACACCCAGAUCUAUUUCUCUGUAAGUUUUGGUUGUAGAAGAAUGGGGAUUGUUUUGUUGAGUUCUUGAUCAGAAAAUGGAAGUUUAUAUUUACUUACAUUGGCCUUUGGUACCAAUCUGCUGUUUGGAUUUUGACUAUUUGAAACAAAUAGAAAUGGUGAAAGUGGAAGCUUAUAUUUAGUUACAUUUUGACUGUUCGGAUUUGGUUGAGUUCUUGAUGAGAAAAAUAGGAGACUAGAUUUAGUAACAUUUGCUUUUUGGUACUAAUCUUCUUUCAAUUGCCAUCUGCUGUUUGGAUUUUGACUGUUUGAAACAAAUAGAGAAAUGGUGAAGAUCUGUUGCAUUGGGGCUGGCUAUGUUGGUGGCCCGACGAUGGCGGUGAUUGCUCUCAAGUGUCCCUCCAUUGAGGUAGCCGUGGUGGACAUUUCGGUUUCGAGGAUCGACGCCUGGAACAGUGAACAGCUACCGAUUUACUAGCCGGGCCUUGAAGAUGUGGUGAAACAGUGCAGAGGGAAGAAUCUGUUCUUCAGCUAUGAUGUUGAGAAACAUGUAGGUGAGGCUGAUAUCGUCUUUGUUUCUGUCAACACACCAACUAAAACUCAGGGCCUCGGAGCGGGGAAGGCGGCCGAUCUCACGUACUGGGAAAGUGCUGCUCGGAUGAUUGCCGAUGUAUCGAAAUCCGACAAGAUUGUGGUUGAAAAAUCUACUGUCCCUGUGAAGACAGCUGAGGCCAUUGAAAAGAUACUGACCCACAACAGUAAAGGGAUCAACUUUCAAAUACUCUCAAACCCGGAGUUUCUUGCUGAGGGAACUGCUAUUCAAGACCUUUUCAAUCCCGACCGGGUUCUUAUCGGUGGAAGGGAAAUUCCAGAAGGAUUGAAGGCGAUAGAGAAACUCAGAGAUGUGUAUGCCCACUGGGUGCCCAUGGAAAGAAUUCUGUGUACUAAUCUAUGGUCUGCCGAGCUAUCGAAACUAGCUGCCAAUGCCUUUUUAGCUCAGAGGAUCUCUUCAGUUAAUGCCAUUUCUGCUCUCUGCGAGGCAACCGGUGCAGAUAUCACUGAAGUGGCGCAUUCGGUUGGUACGGAUUCAAGAAUCGGCCUGAAAUUCUUGAAUGCCAGUGUAGGUUUCGGUGGUUCUUGUUUCCAGAAAGACAUUUUGAACUUGGUGUAUAUCUGUGAAUGCAAUGGCCUCCCUGAGGUAGCAAACUACUGGAAACAAGUCAUCAAGAUAAACGACUACCAGAAGUCCCGGUUCGUCAACCGGUUGGUUUCAUCCAUGUUCAACACUGUCUCGGGCAAGAAGAUCGCCAUCCUUGGAUUCGCAUUCAAGAAAGACACUGGAGAUACAAGAGAGACACCAGCCAUUGACGUGUGCAAAGCUUUGUUAGGCGACAAAGCGAGGCUAAGUAUAUACGAUCCACAGGUUUCUAUAGAUCAAAUCCAGAGAGACCUUUCGAUGGAGAAGUUCGAUUGGGAACAUCCGAUGAGCCCGACCACUAUAAAGCAAGUAAGUGUCGAACGGGAUGCAUACGAAGCAACAAGAGAUGCACAUGGAGUGUGCUUCCUAACCGAAUGGGACGAGUUCAAGAAGCUCGAUUUCCAGAGGAUCUACGACAAUAUGCAGAAGCCCGCCCAUGGCUCGGGGACAUGCCUGCUGUUGCUUAAAAGAUCAAGUCAAAUGCUGUGUUGACAGUUAUUAGGAAAACGACCAGUGUUCUUGUUCAUCAUCUUUUAUUUAUUUAUUUACUUAAAAAAGAUCUUUAGGUAUUGAUGGUUAUUGUAGAAAUUAGUAUUUGAACAGAAAAAAAAAGGAAAAAGGAAAAAAGAAAAAAGAGAGAGAUAUAGUCGUCCUUUGAUUAUAAGAUUAUUACUACAGAGAAUGUUGUGUGAGGGCAAGGCCUAAAAUUUUAUAUGGAUUAAUUGUUUAUUUGGGUCUA